CUGUCCGGUCGCUCCAAACAAUCACUAUGGCCAAGAUAGUCUUCUACCAGGACCGGGACUUCCAGGGUCAGCACUACGAGUGCAGCAGCGACUGCGCCGACCUGCAGUCGCACUUCUCCCGAUGCAACUCCAUCCGCGUGGCGAGUGGCUGCUGGGUGGCCUAUGAGAAGCGCGCCUUCGGCGGGUACCAGUACAUGCUGCAGCAGGGCGAGUACCCCAACUACCAGCACUGGUCCGGCUUCAACGACCGCAUCCGCUCCUGCAGGGUUGUGCCUCCCUACAGCGGUAAUUACAGGCUGAAGAUGUUCGAGCGGGCCGACUUCGGCGGCCAGAUGAUGGAGCUGACGGACGACUGCCCCAACUUCCAGGAGCGUUUCCACAUGCACGACAUCUCAUCCUGCAACGUGGUGGGGGGCUACUGGACCCUGUACGAGCACCCCAACUAUAGGGGGCGCCAGUACUUCCUGCGACCGGGCGAGUACCAUCGGUACAGCGAGUGGGGCAGCAUGAGCCCCACCAUCGGCUCGCUGCGCCGCUUCACCCACGCCAAGUGA